AUGGGACACUUCCUACAGAUUUGUAACAAUCAAGAAUGUCUGUUUGAUGGCUUCGAUUGCGAUAGCGCCCAAGAACAGUGCCAGAAAAGUGAUUACUGUACCGGGCAUUACGGCAACGAAAACUGUGAUCCGGAAUGUAAUGUGAUCGGUUGUGGCUGGGAUGGUGGUGAUUGCGAUUCCGCUGAUACCCAUUCAUCGUUAGCGGGAAAUAUAAUCGUGAUACUGCUAAUCAGUCCGGAGGAGUUUGUACGUAACGCACAAACAUUUCUUUUCACACUGAGUCAGAAACUGCGCGGUUCGGUGCGAAUCCGAACAAUGAAUGGCAAACCAAUGAUUUAUUCCUGGAGUUCGGAGAAAGGUGUCGGGGCGCAGUACGAUGUGCCUGCCGAACAACUACAGUCGCUUGUUUUGCAUCACCGACGAGAGAGGAGACAAAGUAAAAUUAAUUUCUUUGCUAACAAAAGUGAGGGAACAGUGGAAAAUUCGAUGAAAUUACGUGGCACGAUGGUAAUGUUAACGUUAGACGUAUCGCGAUGCCAAGCAAGCGACCACGAGGAAUGCUUCACUGAUGUAUUCAGUGUUGUCGAUUAUCUGGGUGCUUCGAAUGCGAAACAGGUCAUAUUUGCAGCACUUCUUCUUGUCAUCGAAUUUUAA